UGCAGGGUGGACCUCCUCACUUCCUCUUUCUUCACCAGGAAGAAAAGUUUGUGUGGAGAAGUGUGUUUGCUUUGUCAGGAGGUGAAACUGCAUUACACAAUGUCUUCCUCCAACGCCGCCAGCAGACCAAUCUCAGCAAUAGCCUGGGCCUCCAACAACUCCACGUGUCCCGCCCACUUUUCCAUGAUUAGUGCGACUGAAGAUGGAGCCGUUGCCAACUUCACCCGGGGCUUCGGUCUGAAAUCUGGAUACUUUCUGUGUUACAGCAAGGAUCUGUCAGGUGGAAUGGUGGUGUCUGAUGUUCAGGUGAUCUCUGAGAAGGACGUGAUUCCUCAUGGUUACUGCUACAUCCCUGAGUUCAUGGAGUCCAAGUCCUCUGUAUGGAAGAAGAAGCGAGUGUGUGUGCGAAUCGUUCCCGUGGACAGUGUAACAACCGCUGUCCUGGACAUCCGAGUGACAGCCAAGAGCAAGAUGAUGCUUCCGCAGUACACCUGCCUGGGGGACAUUCUGGGCUACGUGCUGUGGUGUAUGAAAGGUUCGUUCUUGUCUCCUGUUCCUCAGGCGAAGCCUCGCAGUCUGAGCCUGGACAUGCGGCAGCUCUCGCUGGAAGCAACCGCGCCGCUGCCUCUCAGACCCAACAACCAACCAUCUCAAACCCAACACAAGGUCAGCCGUCGCCGUGGCGCCCUGGACCAUAAAGAGACUCCUGAGAAGGUGUACGAUAGCAGCAACAUUUAUGGCAUUACAGCGAUGGAUGGAGUUCCUUUUGCUCUUCAUCCCAAAUUUGAAAGUCGAGCCGUCGAGAAGGUGUCCAUGACUGCUCUGGAUAAUAUUCGUAUUAAAUCACUCCAGGACAUAGAGAACGAGUAUAACUACACGUUUGCAAUAGAAGAACAGGCUGCCAUGAGACCCCGCUCCUAGGUGACAUCACUCUUGUAAACCCCGCCCACAGAUUACACCUGACUCCGGCGUUUUAUUUAUUAUCAUUAAAACCAUACAUUUAAACAAACUUUCUCCCAAACAGCAAACAUGUGCUAAUGAUGACCAAAGUCUGUUAACGUGUACUUGUCAUGUAUGCUAAUUAGUCCUCAUUAAUGAAUUAAUUAAUCAUUAGUAAAUUAUGGCAUUUCUGUCUCGAAGGAUGAAAAAAAGAGCCUUUUGAAUGAGAGAGACUUUAUUAUCGGUGCUUAAAACUGCUGCCUAUGUAGGUCCUGUUAAAGUUAAUAUUAUAACAGUACACUUUUAAUAUUACAUUAUAUUUUAUAACCAACUACAGGCCAGCCGUGCUUUGGGUGAUUUCAGGAUCCGUCCUGCAACCGUUUAGAAUCGUUUGAUUGUUUUGAUGUUGUUUUUUUGCCAGAUUGGGAAUUUCCAGUCCGUCAGGCUUACAUUUAACCACAUUAAUAUGGGAGAAAUAUGGGAGGAAAAAAAAGCAGAUAUAUUUAAAUAAUCCAGUCACACAACCCCACAGGGUCAGGACACACUGAGCCGGUAAAUACGGCUCAGUAUUAUUUAUAAUUCUGUGACAAAUGAACAAAUUAUUUUCAUUAAUGAAGCAAAAGUCUGUUUUUAUUUUUAUUGUGCUGAACUCUUUUGUGGUUGUUGUCAUGGUUACAUUAGAUUUAUCUACCUUAGAGACCUUUCAAUAUAACAAAGUAAUGCACAACCACCAGCCGGCCAAUCAGAAAUGAGUAUUUCCAGUGGCAUAUCACAAAAUAAACUCCUACAUAGUAACGAGGUAUAUGAUGCUCGAUAUUAUCUCGCUUGUUACGUACUUACUGACCGACUCGUUAAUCGGUCACUAAAUAUUCAUUUUAAUGAAAAAUAGAGACGUAAACACUAAUCAAUCAGUUUAGCUGGCCAGUGUUAGCGCUAGCGUCCAUUUCCAUAUAUCAGGGCUGUCCAGUCUUCUCCAGAAAGGGCCGGUGUGGGUGCAGGUUUUCAUUCCAACCGAGCAGUAGCCACACUUGAUGGUCUGUUGAAAGCCAAACUUGAUUCCACAGUUGAUAACACGGGUGGAAUCAGGUGUGGCUCCUACUUGAUUGAAAUGAAAACCUGCAGCCACGCCGGCCCUUUGCGGAUAAGACCGGACGCCCCUGCCAUAUAAAUGGUAGGGUAAGGUAAGAUUACUACCUAGAUUGGCCAAUCAAAAUGCCUGUGUAACUACCUUAAAACAUGCUGUGAUACCUGCUACAGUACCCUUCGAAACUAUUGGAACGACAAAGCCAAUUAAUUUGGGUUUGAAAUCAAAAGAUGAGAUGAGAGUUUAGGAUUUCAGCUUUUAUUUCCUGGUAUUUACAUCUCGAUAUGUUCAACAACAUAAAACAUAGAACCUUUUGUAUCAGGAAGUCUUCAAGUGGUGGAUUGUGAUGCCUUCACCCCUGCGCUGUGGAGGUUGUUGGUGAUGGCACUGACUCUUGUUUUGGGGUUUUUCUUCAUAGCUCUCACUAUGUUUGUCAUCAGAUGUUGUUGUUUUCCUUGGCCGAUGCAUUCGGUGUCUGUUCCUCAGUCCACCAGCGGUUUCUUUCUUUUCAGGACAUUUCAGGUUGUUGUAAAGCCUCUGAUUGAUUUUCCGUCUUUUCUCAGCUUCUAAACAACUUUCUGUUCUCCCAUAGACAGCUCUCUGAUCUUCGUGUUGGUUUAUCCUUUUUAACAACAAAUCUUCAGUCUUCAUAGGUGAAACUGAAGGCUCAAACCAAGAGUAGAUGUUCAGAGCGAUUUAUUGUUUAAACAAUCAAUCUAACAGGACCCACCUGGGUAACAAGAACAUGUUCCAGUAUUUUUGCUCGGUUACAAAUUGGGUGGUCUGAUAAAAAUUGUGCUGUGUUCUAUGGUGUUUAACACGUCUACAUAUAAAUACCAGGAAAUAAAAGCUGAAAUUCUAAACUCUCAUCUCAUAUUCAUGUUUGAUCUCAAACCCAAAUGUCUUCAGUCUUCAGAAAAAAACAACUGAAUGGGCCUUGUGUUCCAAUAGUUUCGGAGGGGACUGUAUAUCAUUCGCAGUGACACUGAAGUCUGUAUUAUGCAUGUUUACAUAUAAUAAAAAAUAUAUAUAUAUAUAUAUAUAUAUAUAUAUAUAUAUAUAAUGUAUGUAUGUAUGUAUGUAUGUAUUUGCACUGCUGAGUGUAACUAGCCAGAUCUGUUGCAUGGAGAUAUUGUGAGUUACAGCUUUAUUUUGAAAUAAUAAUUAUUACAGGUCAAGAAACCAACAAACAAGAAACAUAUACACAUCCCAUCUGGGUACAAGACUGCAGCCAGAAUUCCUUUUGAUUUAUUCUAUAUAAUAUCCAGUUAUUUUUUAAGUGCAUAUCUUUUCAUUUAUUUUAUUUAAUAUACUAUGAUACACUGAUAUGUGAAGAACGUGUAGAGCAAAUACAGAAAACAAAAAUAGAAGAUAAACAAUACUCUCUCUCUCUCACACACUCACACACACACACACACACACACACACACACACACACACACUUGUAUGUAUACCUAUGUGAAAUGUAUUUUAUCACAUAUUUUGCAGUGAAGGAAAUGGCUAUUUUUGUUCUUUAGUGUACAUCACAUUUUAAUGUAUUAAGAAGGACUUAAGAUUCUUAUUCUGGAAUAUUUCUUAGUUUUUGAAUUGAAAACUGGUGUAAUCUAAAACCAAUUCAUGUAUAAAAUGUGUUUAUCGAAAAUCAAAACCUGAAUGAUGAUGCAUUUUAUUUGAUAUUCUCAGCUAUAACCUAUACAUUUUUUAAUGUUUAUAUCAGACGAGUCCAACUAUUAUUUGAAUUACUUUUUUUCUUUCUUUCUUUUUUUUCUGGCCAAAAUACAGUAAAAUACAGCGUGUUUUAUGAAGUUUUAUAGAAUAUUAAAAUCCUGCCGUAGUGUUUGUGAGGUUUCUAAUACUUCUUAAUGCUUCUUUAUUUUGGUUGUGGUUUAUAAUUGCAUUUAUGUUGAUUUAAACAUUUGUAUUUAUUCUUAUACUUUUUUAUUUUAGGACCAAACUUCAAAGGGUGUUUUUUAAUUUUUUUUUUAAAUAUCCAUAAUAAAUUUCUGUCUGUAUUAAA